ACUCACUCGAGCUCUCAAAAACAAGUCAUUACAUACCCAUAUAUUCCAAGCUCAUCAUCCUAGCUAAGACUGCAAUAUGGCUAGCUCUACUGCUAUGAAGCUUUCUUUGGUCGCUCUCUUGUGCAUUGUUGUUGCUUUGCCCAUAGCCCAAGCCAUCACCUGCGGCCAAGUAGCGAGUAGCAUUUCACCUUGCGUAAACUACGUGAAGAGUGGCGGCGCUGUCCCUGCCGCUUGCUGCAACGGAAUUAGAUCCCUUAACAGCGCGGCUAAGACCACUGCUGACCGCCAGGCCACCUGCAAUUGCCUCAAACAGGCCUCCGGUGCCAUCAAAGGACUCAACCCUAGCCUUGCAGCUGGGCUUCCAGGCAAGUGUGGGGUUAGCGUUCCGUACAAGAUCAGCACCUCCACCAACUGCGCUGCCGUGAAGUGAAGAGCUAAAUCGAUGGAAAGUAAACUUCCCUUGAAGUGAUAGUAUCGAGCGUUAAAUAAAGUGUGGGUGAUCACGUCCACAGUGAUAGUAUUACCAAAAGUUACUCCAUAAUCUACUAGGUUAUGAACUUCUGAAGUUAUGAUCCAUGUAAUGUACUCGUUUAUUUAUAAUACUACAAAUUUGAAAUUUGGAUUAGGCUCUCUGCUUUAUUUCUUUGCUUAGACUUCAGACAAGCUAGCUUUCCAUCUCGUUCCAGUUGCACUUUGUGUUUGAGAUAAUGAAUGGCUUUAAGCAGUCGAUCAA